GUCCACCAGGAGGAUGACCUGGAGGAGCUGAUUCUGCAGGAUGAGACACUACUGGGGACCAUGCAGAGCUACAUGGAUGCCUCCCUCAUCUCCCUCAUUGAGGAUUUUGGGAGUCUUGGAGAGCAGAGCAGGUUGUCUCUGGAGGACCAGAAUGAAAUGUCACUGCUCACCGCUCUGACAGAGAUCUUGGACAACGCAGAUUCUGAGAACCUGUCCCCAUUUGACAGCAUCCCUGAUUCAGAGCUGCUUGUGUCUCCUCGGGAGAGCUCCUCUCUCCACAAGCUACUCACUCUCUCUCGGACACCCCCAGAACGUGACCUCAUCACCCCAAUUGACCCUUUGGGGCCUAGCACAGGCAGUAGUAGGGUUGAGAUGUCCCUUGCAGAUUCUCCUUGGGACUUCCCUCCACCUUUCUUGGAAACUUCUUCCCCUAAGCUGCCUAGCUGGAGACCCUCAAGAUCAAGGCCUCGGUGGGGUCAGUCCCCUCCCCCCCAGCAGCGCAGUGAUGGAGAAGAGGAGGAGGAGCUCGCCAACUGCAGCGGUCAGAUAGUUGCUGGAGAACUGGACAACUCUGUGAACAGCUUGGACUUCCCCAUGCACCUGGCAUGCCCGGAGGAAGAAGACAAGCCAACAGCAGCAAAGGUGACAGCGUCCGCACCUGGUGACGAGAGCAUCUCCUCCUUGAGUGAGCUGGUCCGUGCCAUGCAUCCAUACUGCUUGCCCAGCCUCACUCACUUGGCGUCACUUGAGGAUGAGCUUCAGGAACAGGCUGAUGAUUUGACCCUGCCCGAGGGUUGUGUGGUGUUGGAAAUAGUGGGCCAGGCAGCCACUGCUGGUGAUGACCUGGAGAUCCCGGUUGUGGUGCGGCAGAUUCCGUCUGGGUCCCAGUCUGUGCUCCUGGAUGAGUCUGUAGAGACCAGUCGUGCCCUGCAGCUAUUCAUGCCCACCAUGGAGGCCGGGACGGAAGCUGUGGUGCCUAAUGCUGCCCCUUGCCCUGAUCAAGAAUUAUCAUUGAACUCUGCCUGCUUAUUGGAGCCCAGGGAAAUCAUGGAGUCAUUGGCACCCGGGGAGCCUCAGAACCCACCUGCCAAUGCAAUUCAGGAAUCUCAGAGAGUUCCCAGAAAGGGCAGGAAGAAGAAGAACAAGGAACAGCCAGCAGUCUGUUUGGAAGGCUAUUCCAGGAGGCUGAGAUCAUCUUCUCGUGGACAGUCUUCUGUGGCUACAGAGGUGAACUCCCAGGCAGGGAACUUACAGAAACAGCCUGAGGAAGAAAUUCAGAGACAGGCUGAGGUUCCUCAGAGCAGGGGGAAGCCACGGGCGUGGGCUCGGGCAUGGGCAGCUGCCUUGGAGAACUCCGAGUGUGAGAACUUAGAGAGAAAUGCAGGACAGGGUAAUCCUGCUGAAGAAGAUGCUCUAGACCUCUGCCCUGAGCUAGCUGAGACCAGCCAAGCCGACCCCAUUCUCUUACUGAAUGACUCUGCUCAAGCUGACCCCAUGCCGCUUGACUCUGUUGAAGCUGAUGCUGCUGCAUUUGGUCAUGCUGAAGCUGACUGUACACCUGUUGGCCAGGCUUCAGCUAGUACAGAGCUGGCUGGUCCUCUCCCAGCAGGCCCAGUGCUGACUGGCCCCAUCCUGGCUGACAGGACAGGAAUUGAACCUGCGGUGACUGUUCCCACUUCAGAUAACUUGUCUCCAGCUAACACAGUGACCGUUGACCCUAUUCCAAAUGACCUGGCUCCAGUAGACCCUGUGCUAGUUAAGUGCAGACCAACCGACCCUAGACGGGCUGCAGUAGCAGCAGCUCAGGGAAAUCGUCUUUCUCUAGAGUCCUCAGACCAUCCCAAGGACAUCACCCCUGAAGUCAAGAGUGGUGUAGGUCCUCUGAAGGUGGAAGGGAGCACCAAUGCUACAACCCAAGAAGCCAGACCUCGGCCUCUCAGCCUAUCUGAGUACCGGCAGCGAAGGCAGCAACGGCAAACAGAGGCAGAAGGCAGGAAUUCUCAGCCCCCAGUUGGCAAGUGGCCUAGUCUCCCAGAGACCCCCACAAGACUGGCAGAUAUCCCUUGUCUUGUUCCACCAGCCCCAGCCAAGAAGACAGCUCCACAGCGGAGCUCUGUAGCUAUACCAGAGACUGGUUUGGGGUCUGUGGGUAGCACCUCUGCUUCCCCUAGUCCUGAGCCAUCUGCAAGCAAACCUGUGGUUUCAACUCACUGUGAACAGGUGCCAUCUCAUGAGAUGCCCCUUCCAGUUAGACCGCCCCCUCCAACCUUGCAGUCUGUGUCUCCUCCUGGGCCCAUCCCUUCCACAGUGCCCACUCCUUUGCCUUUUCCUCCAGGCAUACCUCCUCUGCUUCCUCUUCCUUCAAGUGGCCACGGAGUCCCCAGUCUGCCCCCACCUCCCUUGCAACCACCUGGACUUAGAGUGUCAAUGAGACAACUACCACCUGACCCCUAUACUCACUAUGCCCCUGUGCCACCCUGGCCUUGUUAUCCCUCUGUGCCCCCUUCUGGAUAUCCUUGUCUGCCCCCACAACCAACGGUGCCCAUGGUGUCUGGUACUCCUGGUACCUAUGCUGUACCCCCAACUUGCAAUGUGCCUUGGGUACCCCCUCCUGCACCAGUUUCACCUUACAGCUCCAGCUGUGCCUAUGGGCCCAUGGGGUGGGGCCCAGGGCUGCGACAGCCUCCGUUCUGGUCUACUGUUUCUCCACCUCCUUUGUCUUCAGCCUCUACUGGAGGAGCUGUUCUCCCAUCCAGUGUGGAACCCAGUAGUAAUCCAGCUGUUCCUCCUGAAGAUACGCUUCCAGUGCCAGUGACUUCUUCCCUAAGUUCUGGGCCAUCCAGCCCCAUAGCUCCACCUCCACCUCCACCUCCACCGAUAGAGCCCACAAAGCUGGAGGUCCAGCCAGUGCCAAGAGAGCCCACAAAGCUGGAGGUCCAGCCAGUGCCGUUAGAGCCCACAAAGCUGGAGGUCCAGGCAGUGCCAAGAGAGCCCACAAAGCUGGAGGUCCAGCCAGUGCCUGUGUCUCCCCAACCAAAACAGAAAGUGUCUACCCUGAUACAAAGUCCUAAGAUCAAGGCUCCACCGUGUCUGUCUGCUGAGUGUGUAGCUGUUGGGGAGUCUGCAUCAGAGAGGCUGAAGCCUGAGGAGACCAGAACAAGGGAGAAGCCCCUUUGUGCAGCUGACAAGGCUAUUCCCUUGCUAAGGCAGAACACUGUCCCAAAGUUGCCUGCUGUCCAUCCUGCUCGUCUAAGGAAGCUGUCCUUCCUGCCCACUCCACGCUCUCAGGGUCCUGAGGACGUGGUACAGGCUUUCAUCAGCGAGAUUGGAAUCGAAGCAUCAGACCUGUCCAGUCUCUUGGAGCAGUUUGAGAAAUCAGAAGCCAAAAAGGAGUGUCCUCUCCCGGCUCCUGCUGACAGCUUGGCUGUAGGAAACUCAGGCAGCAUUGACACUCCCCAGGAGAAGAGACCCCUAGACCGGUUACAAGCCCCAGAACUGGCCAACGUGGCAGGGCUCACCCCUCCAGCUACCCCUCCCCAUCAGUUAUGGAAACCCCUGGCUGCUGUCUCACUGUUGGCCAAAGCCAAAUCUCCUAAAUCUACCGCCCAGGAGGGAACCCUGAAGCCUGAAGGAGUUACAGAGGCCAAACAUCCAGCUGCAGCCUGCCUCCAAGAUGGGGUCCAUGGCCCUAGUCCCGUCCAUGUGGGCUCUGGGGACCAUGACUAUUGUGUCCGAAGCAGGACACCCCCAAAAAAGAUGCCUGCCCUAGUCAUUCCAGAGGUGGGCUCCCGAUGGAAUGUCAAGCGCCAUCAGGACAUCACCAUCAAACCUGUCUUGUCAUUGGGCCCAGCUGCUCCCCUGCUUCCAUGCACAACUUCCCAGGGGCCACUUGACCACAGGACUAACAGUGAGCAGGCAGAGCCCUCGGUGCCUUGUCUUGCCCCAUCCACCUUGCUGUCUCCUGAGGCCUCACCCUGCCGGAAUGACAUGAACACUAGGACUCCCUCUGAGUCCCCAGGCAAACAGCGGUCAAUGCGCUGUUACCGAAAAGCCUGCAGAUCAGUCAGCCCCCCAGGUCGGGGCUGGCAGGGCCGCCGUGGCCGCAGCAGCCGGUCUGUCAGCUCUGGGUCCAACCGGACCAGCGAAGCGUCCUCAUCUUCAUCGGUGUCUUCCUCAUCCCGAUCCCGGUCCAGGUCCCUCUCCCCCCCCCACAAGAGGUGGCGCAGGUCCAGCUGCAGUUCCUCUGGACGUUCCAGAAGGUGUUCAUCCUCUUCGUCGUCUUCGUCGUCGUCUUCCUCCUCUUCCUCCUCCUCCUCCUCCAGUUCCAGAAGCCGUUCACCCUCUCUGUCCCCUCGGAGGAGAAGUGACCGAAGACGGCGGUACAGCUCUUACCGUUCCAGUGACCAUUACCAAAGGCAGAGGGUGCUGCAGAAGGAGCGUGCAAUAGAAGAGAGAAGAGUGGUCUUCAUUGGAAAAAUACCUGGCCGCAUGACUCGGUCAGAGCUGAAACAGAGGUUCUCUGUUUUUGGAGAGAUUGAGGAAUGCACCAUUCAUUUUCGUGUGCAAGGUGACAACUAUGGUUUCGUCACUUACCGAUAUGCUGAGGAGGCUUUUGCAGCCAUCGAGAGUGGCCAUAAGCUUCGGCAGGCAGAUGAGCAGCCCUUUGAUCUCUGCUUUGGGGGCCGCAGGCAGUUCUGCAAGAGGAGUUACUCUGAUCUUGACUCCAAUCGGGAAGACUUUGAUCCUGCUCCUGUGAAGAGCAAAUUUGAUUCUCUUGACUUUGAUACAUUGUUGAAACAGGCCCAGAAGAACCUGAGGAGGUAACCCUGGGCACUCCUCCCCCACCCGUUUUCUCUGGAGGUGCCCAACCUCCUUUCCCCCCUUCCCCACUCUAGGGGGAGAGCUGCUAGUGUGGAAAUGACUGUUUUAUAAAGAAAUUGGAAAAAGUUAAAUAAAAAUGUGUUAAACCGGGA